AUGGCGACUAAAGCUGGGAAGCCUCUGGGGAGGCGGUGCAACUCCCAGCUGCUGCGGAACUACCACCCUUCAGGAUUGCGCCAUGAGUGUGUACAAGAAACUGAGAAAGAACCUUUGAAGGAAAACUGGAGUUCAUAUAAUACACUUGUGAAUCAACACGGGGCCAGGACGAAAGUGCUGUUGCCAUGCCUUAAAGUGAAAUCCCAGGAUUACAUUAUGGAAGAACGCAUGAAUGAAAGUGAAACAAAAUGGUUGCAAGGUGGGGCUAUUAUUGAAAGUGUCACUUUUCGGAAAAAGCUCCAAGAAGCAGAGUUUGCGAUUGGUUCAGCUGAAAUGUUUGUGCCGUCAUUUAAGGAAGCUCUUGAUAGUAUUACAAAAGCUUGUUACAUUUCUGCAUCUGAUAUGAUCAAGAUUUCUGUGCAAGCGGAUUUACUGGUAAUGGAGCUAGAAGCUCUCAAAAAUAUGAAGGGAUGGUUACGGCAGCUACUUAGAACAAGCAAGAAAAAAGAAAUAACCAGUAAACAGGUUGAAGACUUGACAAAGAAGUUAACUGAAAGUGAGAGUGAAGCUAUAGAUCUUAAAAAUGAAGUUCUUCAAAAAGAGAGGUUCAUUGUAGAGCUUUCUACUCAACUUCAGCAAGAGAAGGUUAUAGAAAAGAAAAUUUCUGAAUGGAAGCUACAAGUUGGAGAACAGAAGCAGCAGAUUUUGGCUGAAAAGGAAAGAAGGAAAGAGAGGAAGGCUGCUCUGAAAAAAGCCGCUAGUGUUCAGAAACAAAGAGCUGAAUGUUUGGAAGCUGCUGUGGAAAACUUAAUUUCCAAAAUUAAGGAGAAGGAAAUCCAAUUGACUGAGGCACUUACAGCUUCUAAUGUCUGGAAAAGUCAUCAUCAGGCAGUGGUAGAUGAAAAAACCAGGUUAGAAGUUCAAGUUGAAACUUUGAAAAAGCAGGUGGAAGACCAUUUGGCGGAACUACGAAGAAUACAAGAUUAUGGGAGGAAGUCCAAGGGAGAGACUCUUGGAAAGCUUAAUUCUGUCAACUCUGAAAAUGAAAACCUUUCUCUUGAAAAUGCAAAAUUAAAGGCAUCCUCUGCUGCUUUGGAAGUGAAUAUUAUGUCUGCAGAAGCUGAACUCUUGGAUUUGCAUGAAGAAGCAAAGAAGCAAGAGAACCUGGUUCACCAAUAUAAGACUGAGGUGCAGAAAUUAGAAACGGAAGCUGAAGAAUUGAAAACCAGGUAUGAAAAAGUCAUACAUGAAAGGAAAAAGUUAAUGGAAGCCAAAGAUUUAAAAAUGGCUAAGAUGAGGGGCCAGAUGGAGGCUCGUUUGAAGGAGUUAGAACAUGCUCGUGAUUUACAGAAAGCAGCUGAAGGGAAACUGCAAAAGUGUCAAGAAAGCCUGCUGUCUUGCCAAAAGAGCUGUGUAGAUAAAUCCAAAGCCUUUAGGGAACUGCAGGUUCAGGUAGACAACAGUGAUGAUUUCUUAAAACACCAUUCUUUGGAAGAUGAAAAUUACACCAUUCAGAUGAAGUAUGAAGAAGUUCAAAGAAAAUUAGAAGAAAUGGAAUUACAAAACAAAGGACUUGAAAAUCAGCUGGAGAACCAGGAAGAGAGUCUUCAGAAAACUGAAUUGCAGUUCAAACAAAAGCUUGCAAGUUAUGCUGCUUUGACCAGACAACUGGAAGUUGCUUUGGAAGAUGGACGGAAAAGGCUAGCAGAAGAGGUGGAAAAAAAUUCAUCUAAAGAGCAGGCCCUCCAGUUGAAAAUGUUGGAUCUAGAAAAUGAACUGAGACAGAAAAAAGAAGAAUAUAAACAACUAGCUAGGAAAUUGAAUACUAGUGAAAAACAUCGUGAAGUGUGCUUGAAGGAACUAGAACACGGUCUUCAAAAAUCAGAAAACCAGAACCAAAGCAUCCAGAAUUAUGUACAGUUUUUGAAAACGACUUAUGUAACCAUGUUUGGCUAACUUCUUGUUCCUUUCAAAACAUUAGCACGAAGCAUGCAGGAUUCAGAUGUGUGCUUACCUCAUCAGAGCUCCUAUUUUUAAACCUGUUACUUUC